UGUGCGUAAGCGUCAGGAUGAAGAUGUCCUACACGCAGUGGUGCUGCAUGCUGGAGCGUUUUGGAAUGAGAUGUUUAAAGGUCAGGUAUCCUUUCGUUUAUGCAGUGUCAUUUUCCACGAUUGUACUCAGAGUGGAAAUGCCGCACCUUCAGGGAGAAGCUGUAGUGUAGUCGUCAAUUCUUCAGACAACGUGUGAAUGUGUGAAGUGGCGUUUGUGGUUUGAACAGCGAGCUAUUUAAUCAUGUGUUCCUCAGCAAGAAGAGCGCAUUUUCUCUGAGACACCAUGGCUCUCGUCUCAGCGUUUCUCUUCACUUCUGUCCUGCUUCAAAUAGCACACUGUGCGUACGUCGACAUGCGCAUCGUGAACGGCUCGGUGGUUAAAGCACAUUCUAGACCCUACAUGGUUUCUGUUCAGAAAGACGGAGAACAUGUUUGCGGCGGCUUCCUGGUGGCUGAGAACUUCGUCAUGACGGCUGCACACUGCUGGGAACACAGAGGUGUGAAGCUGACGGUUGUAGUUGGCGCUCAUGAUCUGAAAAAGACCAAGUCAGCUUCAAGCCGUGUGGAGGUGAAGUUCUACCACAUCCACCCCAAGUUUGACUCAAUAAACCUGCUGAAUGAUAUCAUGCUGCUGCAGUUGAACAAAACUGUCAUGAAGACCAACAAUAUCAACUGGAUCUCCAUACCGAAAAAAAAAAAACAGGAGGUAAAGGCCAAGCAGGUUUGCAGCAUAGCAGGCUGGGGGAAGAAAUCUGAAGACGGUGACUCUAGUAGACGUCUCAUGGAGGUUGAUGUCACUGUCAUGGACAUAAAGGAAUGCGAGAAAACCUGGGGACAACCUUUUGUCGUCUCCAGUUUGGUGUGCACUAAAGGUCGUGGGGGGUUUUGCCAGGGAGACUCCGGAGGUCCUUUGGUGUGUAAGAACACUGCUGUUGGUAUUGUUUCAUUCAACAGCAACUGCAAGACGCCAGUGGUGGCCAACGUCUACACCAAAAUCUCCAAGUUUCUGCCUUGGAUUAAUGGUAUUUUAAGACCUGAGGAGUGAGAACAUUUAUCUCUUUAUUAAUUUAUACAUUGUGUUUAAGUGUCUCUUCAUCUCACAGUUUUGAUUUGUAUUUAUCUUUUGUACGCGAUGGACAGAAGUUUGUGGAAACCUGACCAUAAGAUUGUAAUAUGCUCUUUGAACAUCCUGUUCCACAAUCAGUCCUUAUUUGCUCUUAUAA